CGGAAGAGAAGGGAUUCAGCCUCAAAGGGGUCAUAGCUCAAGCCAACUCAAAACCAGAUGCGGCCGCUGCGGAAGAGAAAGUCAGAGCGAGAAGAAGAGCGAAAAAGGGGCCAUCACUGAAAGCAAUGAUAUCUGCUGUCAAACCAAAGAAAAAGAGGAAAAAGAAAGGAGAACAGUAGCAGUUUAUGCAUUUGUUCUGUGUGCGUGACAAGAUCCAAUCUCAUGUCAUCCUCACGUCGGUGACUAAUCUAAAUAGGAAUUAUCAUGACAAUAUUUGUAAACUCCAGCAACAGAUAUAGCAACCUCGGGGAAACGGAGUGCAUUAGAUGCGUACUUGAGGUGCAUCAUUUGCUAGGAAUAUUUGACAUUUUUUGACGUUUCCACAUAUUAUGACCUGUGACCUCGUUUACUCACUCACGAUCUUCUGGUACCUAGAAAUGAUGGCUAUUUCUUAAAUCCCCGCCCCAAACGACGUCUUAAACGUUCAUAACUAAAAAUUCAAUCUUUUGGACCUUCGACAUUGUAUUCAAGGAUUCGUCAUUCGUGGUGAAAUUUCCUUUAAAAUAACACCCCGAAAAUUAAGGUUAAAUUUAAUUGUGAACCACACUCCCUGGCGCUGAGGGGGUAGUCCGUGUGGCCCCAUUAUCGAAUGGGCGGAGAACUAAAAACUACAAACAUAAUGGCGGAAACGGAGUUUGAUUAUAUUAAGGCGUUCAGAUCUGAUUAUACGGGAGGACAAGACAGACGGACGGACAAAACGAUAACAAUAACUCCGCGUCACGCUCGUUAAUAAUAACAUAGGUAUCAAUUACUUUCUCCUCCAGAAUUACUUUGAUGAAUACACACAAGAUGUAUUAACACAAUUUGACAUUCACCAUUUACAGUGCACACAAAUUAAUAUAUUAGUGCUUUCAAAAGAGAUACCUAUCUACAAUUUAUUACGUAAACAGAAAAUCAGGUAACAAUAUAUUCAUGACGCACACAAUAUAGGUAGUUUUCACAUCAAAAUUAAAUUGAUAGUCGAUAUUACUAUUUCAGAGUAGCAAAACUCUUUCUGCACACACGCUCAUUCACUGCAUAAAUAUUGCAAACACCGUUUCACUCUAUAUUUUAUUACUUCCCAUCUCCGAUCUUUCCUCCUCCUGCAAAUGUAUCUGGAGCAGAAUUGAUUAAACAAUCCAUCCACGAACAGACACCUGUGCGUGUCUGAUUUGGAUUCGAAUAUUCAACUUUACUCCUUUCCUGACCCAGUCUUGAAACCUGAGCCACUGCUCCACAAUCACAGAUCCAUGCAUUCAUCUCUAUAUCUUCAUCAUGGCGUUAAAAUUGGACGAACUUAUCAACAAGAAGAAGGAACCAAACCAAAUUUUAGACCUUUCCAAAGUAAAAAUUAGAUCACGCGAAGAAUUAGAUAAAUAUUUAGAUAAAGUUCCAGAGUUUAAAAUAAGGCCAGAGAAAGUUCGCCCAGAAGAUGUUCGCGUCCGGGACUGCGAGUCCUCAUUCAAACGAGGACGACGCGAAGGACGGAAACAAUUUGAAUAUGGUGACCCAUGUCCCGCUUCCAUGCGAUCUGUUCGUCUCGAAGAUUUGGCCGCGGUUGACAUUUCUUGGCGGAUGCUGACCAUGCUGCGCCCCAAUAACCGAUUGGAGGAGGAUAUCUUUGGUCGCCUAGUGGAACUGGGAAAACUUCGUCUCGGAACAAGAAACUGGGAAGCGAAGCAGUUGGCCCAAGCAGCCAGUGGGGCGCCGGGGUCACAAUCCGCAGCUCUGGCCGCUUCUAUUGGGAUACUCGUGUUUAAAACUAAGCGUGGCAGCACCGAGACUCGGAUCAAAAUUUGUCCCCUUUGUGGUCUCGAGUUGUGCACGGGAGUAUAUUGCAAGGAAUUUCCGUACGACUCUUACACCCGUAUGAUGGUGGACAAGGACGAAGUUGAGGAGGGUAAGGCCCCAGAUAGGCGGCGGUCACAGUCCAAAGGUCAUAAUUCGAAUAAACCACUUACCGGUAAAGGUAGUGGUAAAAAACGAGUAAAAAAGAAACGCAAAAGGAAAAAGUAGGUAAUGUAAAUUUUACGGAAUGUGCUUCUAUUGUGAUUUAACAAAAUGCUAAAAAUUCGAGUAAUAAAAAAAGCUGGCAAUCUA